CAUGCGGGCGCUUUAAAGUGCGGGCGGGUUAUUAAAAGACCACCGCCUCACUUCGAUUCGAACAGCAGACAUCAACAGUUACGUGUGUGCGGAGAUAGGGGGAGGAAGUACCGGACAGUUUCAUCAUUCUACGUGCUUGUACGUGUCACAAAUAACAGAUAUGAAGAUAAGAGUGACAUCGGUGCCAAGCACCGCGGCCAAAAUAGCUAGCAAUUUAUUGUUAGCUGUGCUGAUCCUCUUCGGGCUGCUGCUGUUUUUCCCCUGGGAUCAGAUGACAGUUCGAAAUGCCAGCAAAUCUAUCCCUGGUUUUAGUGCCCCCAAUCCAGGAAGUUAUUACAAUACGCAGUCUAUUGAAAAAGAUAACGGCUCCCUUCUUCAGAUAAUGGAAGAGCCCACAUCAACUAUAGGCACGACAAAUUUUACGUCGUUGCCGCGUGCUCUCUACCAAAUGGCGAAACCGGUUUUUGACGCCCUACCGGACGAGUUUCUCCCGGGAUACAAAAGCCCCUGCUGGGUGAUACGGACCAACGCCAAGGACAAUAAAAUCAGAUGUCUUCCGUACUUCUACAUUCUUGGGACACCCAAGAGUGGAACCAGCGAUCUCUGGGAUAAGAUCAGUGGACACCCGGACGUGAUAGGGGGGAUUUUGAAGGAACCGCAUUGGUGGACCCGGCGUCGACUGGACGGCGUAUCGUUCGAAUCGUAUCUUCAGGGGCGGUCUACAAAACUAGUCAAUACGUUCAAUCAGGAUGCUUCAAAUAAAGACAAGCUCAUCGUAGGUGAUGGUUCAGCUUCCACAUUAUGGGAUAACCAUAAUUGGAUGGAAGCAUUCGGAGUGAGAAAAGAAGGGCCCGAAUUCGUGACCGCACAAAUCUUGCGUGCCGUUCAACCCAAUGCAAAACUAUUUGUGAUAUUGAGAGAACCCGUUUCAAGACUGUACUCUGGCCACCUAUAUUUCCACCGCAAGCCGCAUCCGGGACGAUUUCAUAACGACUCGGUGGAGACCAUAGCCAGGUUUCACAGAUGCACUGCUACCUUGAGCGCCCGCGCGUGUGCAUACACAACCUCGCAACAAAAGGGCGUGCGUCUCAACAUCGGUUUAUACGCCAUUUACAUCAGGGACUGGUUGAAGGUUUUCCCACGUGAUCAGAUGUUUAUUCUACGACUUGAGGACUGGCAUGAGGACUGCACGGAAAUUUUACCAAAUAUCUACGCAUUUUUAAAUCUAAAAAAUUUAUCGGAGGAUAAAAUCAUGGAAAUCUGUCAGUCUCGAACUAUUAAUACCAACCUCAGAACUGCGCAUAAAGUUGGAGACAUGUUCAAUGAAACGCGGACGAUUCUUCAAGAAUUCUAUUCAGGGUGGAACCAAGAACUGAGUGAAUUACUGGGGGAUGAACGCUUCCUGUGGCACUAAUGGUGAAACGAAAGAAGGCACUCACCUUUUUUUUUACUCCGGAAGGUUCGUUUUUCCAAAGGUUCAAAAUUCCGAAACCCAAAUUUACUUAUCAAGGGUUUCAAAAUUCCGUUAAUUAAAAAGGGUUCAUAAUUCCGAACAUUUUGUUGCAUUAUUUUGAAGGUUCGUUUAUCUGAAGUUUCAUUAGUCCGAAAAUGAAGUAGGGUUCAUUAUUCCGAAGUUGGUAGUUACAGAAUACGAUAUUGUUCUAUGU